AUGCUCUUGUCUAACAUAAGCCUGCCAUCCAUUCUCUUCCCUGCCCUCACACGCCACCAGGAGGUGGAGCUGAUGAGUCGCCUGCAGCACCCCAACAUCGUGCGCUACCUACCUGGGCACGUGUCACAUUGUCUUGAAUUCACCCCCAUGCAUCCUUCCACCCUAACUCCUACCCACUUUCCCUCCACUGGCCCCUCCGCCUCCCCGCUCUCCGAACAGGAGGUGGAGCUGAUGAGUCGCCUGCAGCACCCCAACAUUGUGCGCUACCUGGGCACGUGUCACCGCAGUGGAACGCUCUACAUCUUUCUGGACCUGGCCAAGGCGUCGCUGGCGUCCAUGCUCAAGAAAUACGAGCGCUUUGGCGACGCGCUCAUACGCACGUACACGCGCCAGAUCCUGCACGGGCUCGCGUACCUGCACUUGCAGAACACCAUGCACAGGGACAUCAAGUGCGCCAAUGUGCUUGUGGACUCUCUGGGUCAAGUCAAGCUCGCGGACUUUGGCAUGGCCAAGAAUUUGGACCGCAGCAUGAUGGCAUGCUCCACCAAGGGCAGCCCCUAUUGGAUGGCUCCAGAGUUCUCCUUUGUGUUCAAGCUCAAGAACGGAGAUCUGCCUGCCAUCCCAGACACCCUCUCCCACGAGGGCAAGGACUUUGUGCUGCGCUGCCUGCGCCACACCCCCUCCCAGCGCCCCUCCGCUACAGAGCUGCUCGCUCACCCGUUUGUGGCCGAGGAGGGUGGAGGAGGAGGAGGAGGAGGGGGAGUGGGAGUGGCAGGGGUGCCUGUUCCUGUUCCUGCUCCGAACUCCUGGCAAGCGCAGGCGCACGAACAGCAGCACCAGCAGCAGUCGCCGCUGCAACAACAGCCCCAGCAGCAGCAGCAGCAGCAAGGGUUAGGGUUUGCUCGUCCUGCUGCGUCUGGUCGGUGGUCGCCGCAGCAAGGGCACACAUUAGGUCCGCAUCCUGGCUUGGCACCAGCACAACAGGUUGGUGCGGUGCUGGCCGGUGCAGGUGUGUCGGGUUCGGUACGGGGUGGGUCUUUUGCCACACCGUCUGCUACAGGAGGGGUAACAAUGCUGGACUACUCUCAGCAGCAGCAGCAACAGCAGCAGCAGCAACAACAGCAGCAACAGCAACAGCAGCAGCAGCAGCAACAGCAACAACAGCAACAACAACAGCAGCAGCAGCAGCAGCAGCAGCGGCACCAACAUCAGCAGCAGCAGCAGCAACAGCAUCAGCAGCACAUGCAGCAGAGAUUGGGCGGAGUGGCAGGCUUCCCGCGUAGCAUGUCGAGUUCUGCUGUAAGUCCCAACCACAUGCACAUGCCAUUGCCAUACCAGAGGGGGCGCAUGGGUGUGGCGGCAGAUUUUGAGUGGAUGGGCGGGGCAGCAACAGGGGCAGGAGGAGUACCCAUGGGGCACUCGCCUGGGCCUGUGAGACAUAGAAUGUCUAGUGACAUGGCUGUGGGACCGUCAGGGUCUGGCAUGCAGGGCUCUGUUAUGAUCCAACCCAUGCACAUGCAACAUGGUGAUUUGGAUGGGUUUGGUGGCAUGGGAAUGGGGGGCGCAGCUGCUUCGAUGCAUGUGCAGCAGCAUCAGCAUCAGCAGCAGCAGCAGGUUCAGUUUCAACAGCAGCAUUUAUCGCAGCCGCAGCAGCAGCAGCAGCAGCAGCAGCAGCAGCAGCAGCAGCAGCAGCAGCAGCAGCAGCAGCAGCAGCAGCAGCAGCAGCAGCAGCAGCAGCAGCAGCAGCAGCAGCAGCAGCAGCAGCAGCAGCAGCAGCAGCAGCAGCAGCAGCAGCAGCAGCAGCAGCAACAGCAGCAGCAGCAACGAGCAGCUGGAGGUAGGCUGUGA